CUUCCCACCUCAAUAUUAUAUUUUUCUUUCAUUCAUACACAAGAGCGACAAGUCGUCUGCUCUAUCGUCUUCUCCACCACCGACGCCCCCAAUUCGUUUUCAAUCGUGAAUCUUUUAAGCAGCUAAAAGAAUAUCCCCUGUUGCUACAUGGAGAAGGGAAAAUCCCCGGCAUUAUUUGUUAAUGAUGGAUCAUUUAUGGAGAGGUUUAAACAGCUUCAAGAGGAAAACCGAAAGAGUGCCACCAAGCUUCCCCCAACUGUUUCAGGGGCUCCAGUUCCAAAGCAUGUCAUAAGUAAGACCGGAUCAGUUUCUAAAGUAAAUGACUCGCGGAAACCCAGUACAAAUGCUUCAGGUGGAAAACUUGCAUUCAGUCUGAAACAGAAGUCAAAGCUUGUGGCACCCCCUGUUAAGUUAGAUGAAGAUGAGGAGGAGGAAAGGGAUGAUGGAUAUUCAUCAGGUAAUGGAUCAACAAAGAGGCAGAAAGUUGGCCAGUCUGAUGCCCCUGUGCAGCCAACAAAAGGGGUCGAUGUUGUACCACCAUCACCAAGUGAUCCUACAGUGAAGAAGGUCGCAGACAAGCUAGCUAGUUUUGUGGCAAAAAAUGGAAGGCAGUUUGAACAUGUCACACGACAGAAAAAUCCCGGUGACACCCCUUUUAAAUUUUUAUUUGAUGAAAGCUGUGCUGACUACAAAUACUAUGAGUUUCGGCUUGGUGUUGAGGAGAAAGCUUUGUCACAAUCUGCUGAACCGCGAACGUCACGAAGUGGUUUUACUAGCCCUGCAACCGUUAAUAAUACAGUACAUCAGAAGCCACAUCAGCAGCAACUGAAUUAUCAAAUUCCUGCAUCUGCUUUAUAUGAAGCUCCUGAGACGGAUCCUACCGGACGAUCUGGAUAUGGUGAAUCAACUGCUCCAACAUCUGCUGAUCCCAUUGCAAUGAUGGAGUUUUACAUGAAGAAGGCUGCUCAAGAAGAGAAGAAGAGACAGCCUAAGCAGUCAAAAGAUGAGAUGCCCCCACCUGCAUCAUUGCAAGCAGGCCCCGACAAAAGAGGUCAUCAUAUGGGUGAUUAUAUUCCCCUUGAAGAGCUAAAUAAGUUCAUGUCUAGUUGUAAUGAUGUUGCUGCACAGAAGGCAGCCCAAGAGGCUGCGGACAGAGCAAAGAUACAGGCUGAUAAUAUAGGGCAUAAACUUCUGUCUAAGAUGGGUUGGAAAGAAGGUGAGGGUCUGGGCAGUUCUAGAAGUGGUAUAGCGGAUCCAAUUUCAGCAGGCAAUGUAAAAAUCGACAACUUGGGUGUGGGAGCUUCUAAGCCCGGGGAAGUGAAACCAGAUGAUGAUAUAUAUGAGCAGUAUAAGAAGCGAAUGAUGCUUGGUUACCGUUACAGACCAAACCCAAUGGGUAACCCACGAAAGGCAUACUACUGAAUGAAUGUUGUAAAACCUUCCUUAGUUGGGUUCACUGCAAAAAUAAUAUUAAAGUUUGAUCUUGUUGUAUCAGAGCAACUGAAUAUUUUAUGUUAGAUUGAAGUUUGGUUUCAUAUUUAUGCAAAUUUGAGAUAAUACAUGAAUUUUCCCAAAUUUGGUCUAUAUUUUUCAUUCUUUUCUCCA